UCCGGCGGGAUGGCGCCGUGGUCUAUACUAACCACAUGUUGGGGAGCUUUUUCCUGAGCUAUAAAAGCCGGUGCAAAAUGGCAUUGUUGGACGGCAUUGUUUCAAGGCGAACAGGCAAUUGAGCAAAAUGCACUUCCUUCAUCUCCUCACCCUCGCGCCCCUGGCGCUGGCUGCGUCCAUCUCCAAAGCCCGUAUCCCGACCUACUCCCAAAAUGUCAUCUUUAGCCCUCCCUCGGACUACACCAUCCCGCGGACUUUGUACGCGCGCAAUGAGCAAUUGCCCAACGGCGACUUGCUCGCCACAUGGGAGAACUACUCACCGGAGCCGCCGGCCGUGUACUUCCCCAUCUACCGGUCCAAGGACCACGGACAGACGUGGAAGGAGAUCUCCCGGGUCCACGACACGGCCAACGGAUUGGGACUGCGCUACCAGCCCUUCCUGUACUAUCUGCCGGAGCGCGUGGGAUCGUUCAAGAAGGGAACGCUGCUGUUGGCAGGAAGUAGCAUCCCGACGGAUCUGUCGUCGACGCAGAUUGAUCUCUACGCGUCUCGGAACUCUGGCAAGACGUGGGAAUUCGUGAGCCAUAUUGCGGCCGGUGGAGAAGCAGUGCCGAACAAUGGGUUGACGCCGGUUUGGGAGCCGUUCCUUUUGGCGCACAAGGGCAAGUUGAUCGCCUACUAUGCCGACCAGAGGAAGAACGAGACCCACGGCCAGCAUCUGUCGCAUCAAGUGACGACGGAUCUCAAGAACUGGAGUCCUGCUACAGAUGAUACCGCCUACCCAACCUACACCGACCGACCCGGCAUGCCCGUCGUAGCUAAGCUUCCCAACGGCAAAUACAUCUACGUCUACGAAUACGGCUCCUUCUUCAACACCUCCUCCUACUCCUUCCCCAUCUACUACCGCAUCUCCGCCGACCCCGAGAACUUCAACGCGGCGCCGCACCAGCGCCUCGUCGUCUCCAGCGGCACGGUCCCGACCUCCUCGCCGUACGUCGUCUGGACCCCGUACGGCGGCAAGAACGGCACGAUCAUCGUCAGCGCGGGCACCCAAGACUCGAUCUUCAUCAACCAGGCUCUGGGCGAGGGCGAGUGGACCGAGAUCGCGACGCCGGAGGGACACAGCUACACUCGGUCGUUGCGGGUGUUGCGCGAGGAUCCGUCCAAGCUGCUUCUCCACGGGGCGGGUGUCUUGUUGGGCAAGACCAACAAGGUGACGGUUAGCGUGAUGGACUUAAAGAAGGCUUUCUGAUUCUUUGAUUGAAUCAAGUAUAGCAGUGGUAUAAGCUCUGUUACAUAGACAUAGUAUCAAUAAACCACCGUCCUG